UUUAUCUGUGUGGUGUGCAAGUGUUUGGGAGUCUUUUGCUCGACGGAAACCAAUAACUGAUAAUAAGGUUAUGAAUUCCGGCGAUAUCGGACACGUGAAAUUUUCUUGAAAAAAUAAGACAAGCGCAAAAUGGUGCCGUACCUGAGGUUAUUCAUUCUGACCGUGUUUUUCACAUGCCAUGCUCAGGACACGUUUUACUUCAGCACGAAGCCAGCGGACAUGGAUGUGGUGGAUGGGACUGAGACGAAGCUCCGCUGUGAUGUGUCGAACCGCCGCCACAUCAUCUUCCAGUGGGUGCAGCACGGCAAGCCCGUGGAGAACACCACACGCAGGUUCCAGGAGGACAGCAACCUAAGGAUUUUACGCGUAUCCCGCGACGACGACCAGGGACCAUUCCAGUGCAUCGCUACCAAUGUCACAACGGGAUUCUCACUGCAGAGCUUCGAAGCAAGACUGAACAUACAAUGGAUUGAAGAUGUAGCCGAUGUGGAGUUGAGAAGACCUCAGCCCGAGGGUGUCACUGCUGGUGUGGACGUGACGCUCAGGUGUGAGAUUACUGGCAACCCAGAACCAUCCAUCCUGUGGUACCACAACAAGUUCAGACUGUUUAAUACGGAGCGUGUGAAGAUUUUAGAUGGUGGCGUACGACUGAAGCUUACGAAUAUCACAUCAUCUGAUAACGGCAUUUAUUCAUGCCGGGCCGAGAACGUGGCAGGAGCUGUGGACAGUAGAACCAAUUUCUUGCUCAAUGUUAGGGCUCCUAACACCCCACACUUGAGAGAGGACAGAUUCACUGCUCACAAGUUGGUGUUAAAGAACUCCCCAGCUCGACUAGACUGCUACUUCGUUGGUGCUGCCAGGAUUGACUGGUUUUCAAACUACGAGAAGCUGUCCAAUACUUCCAGGCACACUAUAUUUGCCAAUGGUUCUCUGUACUUCCCACGGGUGAGAUCAGCUGACGAGGGAAGCUACAGGUGUGAAGGUCUCAGUGAAAACAGCCCGGCCCAGACCUUUACCUCCGAGCUUGAGUUAGUCAGUCUUGAUGACAUAACAGCUGACACGUUUGAACCAAGACUGAGAUCCAACUUUCCCAUUGUUCUACCUGUUCAUGAACCAUUUGAAAUCAAGGUUUUUCCUCCCAAAGGCAACCCAAAGCCAUCUUUCAGGUGGCUAGAUAGAAAUGAUAUGCUGAUUGGUGAUACGGGUCGAAUACAUGUCCAGGACAACCGGCUGGUGUUUGAAAACCCACAAGAGAUUGAAUCUGGCAAUUACACAUUUAUUGUUAACAAUACUGCUGGUGAAAAACGACACAAAGUCUGGAUUACAGUUUCAGUUCCACCCUUUAUCAGCAGAGCACCACAGCCUAAAGAAGUAGAAGAAGGGGAGAAGGUGGAGUUCAGUUGUCAGGUUGUUGGCACCUACUACCCAGUUACAACCAUUGUGUGGCUGAAAGAUAACAGUUUCAUCCACAUUGGCUCGUCUCGACACCGUAUGAAUUUGGAAACGGGUGUCCUGCACAUAGAACCAGUGCUGUUGAGUGAUGCUGGAGAGUAUGCAUGUGUUGCCAACACAACAGGUCACCCCAUGGUGGAUUCCAGUCGAGCCUACUUGAGAGUAACAAGGAAGCUGAAGUUCAACCCUUACCCGCAAGAUGCGUACCUGGAGCUGAACCUGCAUGGUAAGGUGGAGUGCCAUGCGGAGGCGGAGACACGGCCGGUGAUCACGUGGAUCAAACACGGCAACCACCUCGACGGGCUCGACCACGUCUACCAGGAGCGCGGCAUGCUGCUCUUCCAGACAGUGCGGCGCAGCGAUGAGGGGUACUACUCAUGUAUUGCAUCACUACGCCAACGCUACAUCAACUCAACCAUCUUCAUCAAGAUUAUUGAGGGUCCACGGUUUGCCAUUCGGCCAGAGAACACCACAGCGUUUGAAGGCCAUGCUGUGAUGCUGCACUGUGUCACAUCGGGUGUGCCAAAACCAUCCGUGUCAUGGGACCGGAACAGACUGUCGGUCCCAUCCACUCUGCCAAGAUACAAGAUUUUUGACAAUGGCACACUUCUGAUCACUAAAGUAUUUAUGGAGGACAAAGGAAUCUAUGGAUGUCUAGCAAACAACACUGCUGGUCAGAUCCGAGCAGAAAUCUAUCUUCGAAUCACAGAUGCACUGGAUGACAACGAGAGUUUUGAUAUGAUGAAGACCAUCAUCAUUGCAGUGUGCUGUGCUGGAGCCUACUUGGCUCUCGUCAUUGGACUAACAGCUUUCUGCAGCUACAAGAGGCUCUCCCGCCGCAAGAGAAAUGGUCUCAUGUCCAUUCCAUUAAAAACAGAAAAUGGUAGUGUGAAUCGGGAACAACAUGAGCUGCUGAUGAAGGAUCGAGAGUCGGGAACUCAGUUCCGCAGUGACAGUGACAACCGUUCCCACGCGUCCGGGCUGAGCUCACACCAAUCCUCACAAUCCCAGCACUCACGCAGUCGCAGGAGCAGCUUCGACCGCUUCCAGUUCCCCAGACAGGAUCUACAUACACUGGCAAUAAUAGGCAAAUGUCAGUAUGGAGAUGUGUUUUUAGCUAAAGCGAGAAGUAUCCGACCCACAGAACUGGAAACCCUGGUGGUUGUUAAGUCGCUGUUGUCAAAAGAAGAGAAUAUAUUCUUCAAUUUCCGCCAGGAAAUGGAGAUGUACAGCAAGCUGGAUCACGUGAACAUUGUGAAGCUGUUGGGCAUGUGUCGCGAGAUGGACCCGCAGUUCCUCAUCACUGAGUACUGCGACUGGGGUGACGUGAAGCAGUUUCUGCUGGCUACCCGAGGUGACAAUGGUCAAAGGAUUGCCCGAGUCCCGGCUCUGACGACCAGUCAGAAGGUUCGAAUGUGUCACCAGGUCUCGAUGGGGAUGGAGCACAUGUCCAUGCACCGAUUUGUUCACCGUGACCUCGCUGCAAGAAACAUUCUGUUGACGUCACGUCUCGAUCUAAAAAUCUCGAGCCUAUCACUGAGCAUGGACGUGUAUGCAAGCGAGUACUACCCCCAUGGCGGAAGCCUCGUGCCCCUGCGCUGGUUGGCCCCCGAGGCCCUCCAGCAGGACGGCUACUGCACCAAGUCCGACGUGUGGGCGUAUGGGGUGUAUGUGUGGGAGGUCUUCCAUCUGGCCGACCUGCCUUUCAGACUUAAGAGUGACGAGGAGCUGCUGAAGGAGCUCAAGGCAGGAGAGGUGUGUUUGGAGUGCUCUGAGCAGUGUCCGUACGAAAUCGUGGACUUGAUACGGCGGUGCACGGCCGAGUUGCCCCAGGACCGCCCCACAUUCAGCGACAUCGUCGUGUCACUGAGGAUGCUCCAUGACUCUAUGCCAGCCUUCUGACUAGGACAGGGGCAGGAGUUAUCUCCUCCUCCUAGUGCUGUCAGGGACCUAGUCUAGAGAGGGCAAUCUGUCUGUUAUCUGUGAUUCAUAUCAGUCUAAGACUUGGGAGGUACUGUGUGGCCUUUUCAAACAAGGAAUCUCAUUACA